AUGAGCUCUCCUGUUGUUGUUUCAAUUAACGAUAUUUCCCAGGAAAACCUGGUCGACGCUUUCGGCGAAAACUCUUUGGGCAUUCUCGUUGUGAAGGACUUGCCACAGGAGUACCAGAAACUGCGGAAGACCGUGCUGACUCAGGCUUCUUAUCUCGCUAAUUUGGAGGAAAAAUACCUAAAAGAGUUGGAAUGCCCAGAUGGGUUUUAUUUAACCGGAUGGUCGCUCGGAAAAGAAACGUUGGCUAACGGAGUUCUGGAUAAAUUGAAAGGGUCUUUCUACAUCAACUGUUCGUUCUUCAAAGACCCGACUUUGGAAGGACCUCCAGUCGAAGAUUGUAAAGGUUAUGAAAAUUAUAAGGCAUACACCACUUGGAAUAAAUGGCCCAAAGAAGACCAGGAAAACUUGAAGAACUUUCAGAAUAACUGCAAAGCGCUCAUCACGCUGAUGAUCGAGGUCAGUUUGAAAAUAUGCGCCAAAAUCGACCUCUACUGCGAGAAACACCUCAAGAACUACGAGUCCGGCUACCUGGAGUCAGUCAUCAAGGAAAGCACCACUUCCAAGGCCAGAUUGCUGCAUUAUCUACCCAGCUCUGCUCCGUCCAACUCAGACUGGUGUGGACUGCACUGCGACCACUCCUGUAUCACUGCUCUCACCUCGGCUCUAUUCUUCGACGGUGACAAAGAGCUGAGCUCCAGUCCAGAUCCAAACGCCGGACUGUACAUCCAGGACCGUCAGGGAAAGGUGGUCAAAGUGAACAUCCCACCGGACUGUCUGGCGUUCCAAAGCGGCUCUGCGCUUGAAGAAGUGUCUGGCCACCAAUUUAAGGCCGUUCCCCACUACGUCCAAGGCACACAACUUCCAGGAAUCUCCAGAAACACGCUGGCGGUUUUCCUACAGCCCUCCUUGCAUGCCCAGGUCAACCAGACCGAAACGUUUGCCGAAUUCGCAGACCGUAUCCUCAAAGAGAACCACCGUUGA